AUGCCCAAAGACAAAGAACGCAGCUUAAACCCGGCGGCGGCGCAACGCAAACUCGACAAACAAAAGAGUCUGAAGAAAGGCAAAGCCGAAGCGCAAGCCCGACGAAACGAGAAACUAGCGCGUCGCAACCCCGAGCGCAUCCAACGACAAAUCAACGACCUCAAAGCAUUCGAAGAAUCAGGACAAAAGCUACGACCCCGCGAUCAGGAGCUUCUGGAAGCCCUGGAACGUGAUCUGCGCGCUGUGCAGAAGGCCAGAGAAGCGUUGGGCGAUAAGGCACCCAAAUUCGACAACUUUGAAUCUAGACGAGGCGGUCAGCACCGUGGGCGCGGGGAUGCUGCAGUCUUAGGCAAACGCAGGCGAGAUGGUGGCGACGGCAACCGGUUUAGGCACGAUGGUGAUGACGGGAGUAGUAGUAGCGACGAGACAGAUGAGGAGGUGAGAAGGAUACCCAUGCCGAGGGAUACGCCUCCGCCUAUCCCGCGACAGUAUCGGAAAGGAGGGCCAGGAGGAGAGGCUGCAGGUGGAGGUCGGGGCCCGCACGCUCUUCCGGCGAAACCGCCCGUCGUUGAGGCGAAGACUGUGUACGAGGCCAAGCCGGAGAUCAGGAAUCUCCGACAAGAGGCGAUCAAUAAGUUCGUUCCUGCAGCUGUCAGGGUCAAACAGGAAGCUAUACGGGGACAAGGCAAGCUCUUGGAACCGGAGGAAAUGGAUCGGCUGGAGCAAGCAGGGUAUAAUGCCGGACCUGCAGAAGGCGAGGAGAAAGCUUCGUCAGCUGCACCAGCUGAUGAUGACGACGCUCAACGCAGACUCGAAGAGGAGGAGAGGCGGUUCAAUCAGGAGCUUCGCUCUGUGCAGAUCGAAGAGGUGGAGGAUGAGGAAGCAUAA